AACCCCCGCCUCAAAUCGUAUACUCUCUCUCCAUCCGCCAUCAUGGAGUCAUCGCGUGGCCCUCCCAGGGUCAAGAACAAGGCCGCCGCGCCCAUUCAGAUCAGCGCCGAACAACUUCUGCGCGAGGCCGUCGACCGCCAGGAACCAGGUCUCCAGGCCCCUACUCAGCGUUUUGCCGACUUGGAAGAAUUACACGAACACCAGGGCCGCAAGCGCAAGGAAUUUGAAGACUAUGUCCGCCGAAACCGCCUCAACAUGGGCAACUGGAUGCGCUAUGCCGCCUGGGAACUUGAACAAAAAGAAUACCGCCGUGCAAGAAGUGUCUUUGAGCGCGCUCUUGAUGUCGAGCCUACAAAUGUGCCCUUGUGGCUGCGUUACAUCGAGGCCGAGAUGAAGACGAGAAACAUCAACCACGCCCGUAACUUACUUGACAGAGCUGUCACCAUUCUACCAAGAAUCGACAAGCUAUGGUACAAGUACGUCUACAUGGAAGAGACUCUCGGCAACAUUCCCGGAACCCGUCAGGUCUUUGAGAGGUGGAUGAGCUGGGAGCCUAGUGAGGACGCUUGGGGUGCAUACAUCAAGAUGGAAAAGAGAUACGGAGAGUUCGACCGUGCUCGCUCAAUUUUCGAAAGAUUCACCAUCGUUCACCCCGAGUCCAAGAACUGGAUAAAAUGGGCCCGGUUCGAGGAAGAGAGUGGAACAAGUGACCAUGUUAGAGAGGUCUUCGGCAUGGCUAUCGAGACAAUGGGUGAAGAUUUCAUGGAUGAGAAGCUCUUCAUCGCAUAUGCUCGCUACGAAGUCAAGCUGAAGGAGUAUGAGCGUGCAAGAGCUAUCUACAAAUACGCCCUCGAUCGCAUGCCCAGAUCACAAUCCGCCAUUCUUCACAAGCAUUACACAACCUUCGAGAAACAAUACGGAGACCAGGAAGGUGUCGAAGAUGUUGUCUUGUCCAAGCGACGAGUACAAUAUGAAGAGCAGGUCAGGGAGAACUCCAAGAACUACGAUGCUUGGAUCGACUAUGCAAGAUUAGAGGAGUCUCUUGGUGACGCUGAGCGCACAAGAGACGUAUACGAACGCGCCAUUGCACAAGUACCGCCGACACAAGAGAAAAGACACUGGCGACGAUACAUCUACAUCUGGAUCUUCUACGCACUCUGGGAAGAGAUGGAGAACAAGGACGUUGAGCGUGCCAGACAGGUCUAUGCUGAGUGUCAAAAGCUUAUUCCUCACAAGAAGUUCACAUUCGCCAAGUUCUGGCUGUUGAAGGCACAGUUCGAGAUCAGACAGAUGCAACUACAAGCAGCACGCAAGUCGCUAGGUAUUGCUAUUGGUAUGUGCCCGAAGGACAAACUGUUCCGUGGCUACAUCGAUCUCGAACUCAAGCUCUUCGAGUUCAUGCGCUGCCGGACUCUCUACGAAAAGCACAUCGAAUGGAAUCCGGCAAAUUGUCAAGCAUGGAUCAAAUUUGCAGAACUGGAACGAGGACUGGAAGACUUGGAACGUACGCGCGCAAUCUUUGAGCUCGCUGUCGACCAACCAUCUCUUGAUAUGCCUGAAUUGUUAUGGAAAGCAUACAUCGACUUUGAGGAAGAAGAGGGCGAGUGGGAUAGGACAAGAGACUUGUACGAGAGAUUGUUGGAAAAGACCGGUCACGUCAAGGUAUGGAUCAGUUACGCACAUUUCGAAAUCAAUGUGCCAGAUCCAGACGAAGAAGAGGCGGACGAAGACGAGGAGGAAGAAAAGCCUAUCUCAGAAAACGCCAAGCUACGUGCACGCAAGGUCUUCCAACGAGCAUACGAGGAUAUGAAGCAGAAGGAUCUCAAGGAAGAGCGUGUGGCCCUUCUCAAUGCAUGGAAAUCGUUCGAAACAACACACGGCUCCAGCUCCGACCUCGAAAAGGUCGAGAAACAAAUGCCCCGCCGCGUCAAGAAGAGAAGAAAGUUGUCCGAAGACGAGUGGGAAGAAUACAUGGAUUAUGUAUUCCCCGCCGACGACGAGAGCGCAGCAAAGAUGUCGAAACUGUUGCAAAUGGCACAAGCUUGGAAGAAAGAGCAAGCGAGUGGUUGAGGAGGAUACUAGGGCAGAGAUGCAUGAUGUUUCGAUCUCGGAAGCGUCAAGUAGGGCAUCAGGAUAUCGUGAUCAAUAUAUCUGCAGAAGCGAUGCAUCCUGGGGUUUCUGUGGCAGGCUUGCAACCGAUGCUGUCGAGAAGGGCAGAACAAGCAUGUGUUUCUUGUCGCGGACAGAUGGACUCGCUUACAUACAAUUCUUGUAUAUCCGACACUUUCUUGCCCAAAGGCGAAUGUUUCUCCGUCCACCCAUCCACCCGACAUCCAUUUCUGCGAAAACAUACGUACCGUACGCAUUCUCUGCGUGACUUGCACAUCAGAUGACGUGAGAUAAGAUCUACCCUUCCUAC